CUUACAUUGUGCAUUGUGUUUUUGGGAAUAAAAACAAUUGAGGUGGAAAUGAUGCACAUGCAAUUGAGAAGAGUGAAGGGGAGGACAAAUACACAAGACAUGGAGCUAGUGAUGGAUUUAAUGGCGUUGAAGUCGUCGACGGCCACGAAGAACGAAGACGAUGCGAGCAUUGAAAGAGUAGCCCACAAGCUCGGGUUGCAGAAGCCCGAAGAACUGAAGAGAGAAACCGCAUUGGUUAAAAAACUAUUCAAGGAAAGGAAGAAGAAACAACAUCAUCAUCAUCACCACCACGUGAGCUCCGAGGGAAUGCAACAAAUCGCUCAUCUUCUCGACACAUUCAAAUGGUUCGCGGGAUUACCAACAGAAGAAUACGAAGACGAGGAAGAUGAGGAUGAAUGUUCUUCUGUUACCCUUAAACAUGAUUCAGCUCACCAAAAGGGUCUUUCCAUUGCAAUCCCUAAUGAAUUUCUUUGUCCUAUCACCCUCGAGAUUAUGUCCGAUCCUGUUAUCAUUUCGACCGGACAGGUAAUCGUACAUGAUAACAUGUAGAUUGAUUCCAACCCGACUCCCACCUCGAGUUCCCAAAUCAAUUUGGAACAUCCAUUAUCAAAAUUAGCACCAUGGAUGGUGUCCCAAAUCGAUGGGGACCACGAGGAUCGAGAUGAAGUGUUUGUAGGGAGUUAGGGGGAAUGAACCACCUCGAGGCCUAGUGUCAUUUGAACCCCACCGUGUUUUCUAUGAUUGAAAAUAUUGUACCAUUUCAUGUCAUUGCAUGUUGGGGUUGUCAUCUUCAUCCAUGUUUUUUUGCAGACAUAUGAGAGGGAAAGCAUACAACAAUGGCUGGAUUCAAACCACACAACAUGUCCAAAAACUGGGCAAUCUCUUCCCCAUCUCUUAUUGGCCCCAAAUUUUGCUCUCAAGAACAUAAUCCAAGAAUGGUGUGAUGCCAACAACUUCCCAAUCCCUAAUUCCAGUAAUCAUCAUCUUGAUCAUGAAUGCCUUUCUGAUUCGGGAAAUAAUGCCCGGAAAUCCUCUCCGAAGAACAGUCGCCUUCAACCUCUGGUCGACUAUCUGUCAUCGGACCUUCCUGAAGAACAGCUGAAGGCGGUGGAAGAAAUCCGGUUCCUCUCCAAGGAGAGCGCGGAGAAUCGGGUGUCGAUCGCCGAGUGCGGCGGAAUCCCUCCCCUCGUUCAAUUGCUGACCCGACCCGAUUCCAGGAUCCGGGAGCACGCAGUCACGGCGCUACUCAACCUCUCAAUCGACGAAUCGAACAAGAGGGCGAUAUCGGAGGAGAGGCCGAUUCCGGCGAUAAUCGAGAUCCUGAAGACGGGGACGGCGGGGGCGAGGGAGAAUUCCGCGGCGGCGCUGUUCAGCCUGUCGACGCUGGACGAGAACAAGGAGGAGAUAGGGUUCCGGGACGGGAUCCGGCCGCUGAUCGAUCUCCUGGAGGAAGGCGGCGUGCGCGGGAAGAAGGACGCCAUCGCGGCCCUGUUCAACGUCUGCAUCCACCGCGAGAACAAGGCGGCGGCGGUGGAGGCGGGGAUCGUGGACCCGCUGGUCCGGUUCCUGGGAGAGGAGGAGCUGGGGGGCAUCGUGGACGAGAUCCUGUCGAUCCUGCUGCUCCUGGCGUCGCACCCGGCGGGGAGACAGGAGAUGGGGAGUCUGAAAUUCGUGGAAACCAUCGUGGGGAUCAUCGGAAAAGGGAGGAGCCCGAAGAACAAGGAGUGCGCGGCGGCGGUUCUGCUGGAGCUGGGAAUGCACAACUCGAACCUGAUGCUGGCGGCGCUGCAAUUUGGGGUGUAUGAUCCUCUAAUGGAGGUGGCUCAGAGUGGGACUGAUAGAGCCCAAAGGAAAGCUAAAUCCAUCUUGCAUUACAUGAGUAAGGCUGAACAAAUUCCAUAAAAGCCCUUUCUUUUUCUGUUCAGGCAUGCAUAAAAUGCUAGUGCAAAU